AUUCAUAGACGUAAAAGAGAUCUCUUUUAUAUCUCGAUGUAUAAUUGUAUUACUAUAAUAUAAUAAUGGAACGAGUUCAGGAGACUAAGCCGGUAAAAUCAAAAGACGACUGUCAGAUGGCGUCUCCAGAAAGACAAAGGCGAGGUGCCAGCUCUGGAAAGCGUCAACCAGUACCCCCAGCCCUUAGACUAAUGUCUCCAUUUGAUAGUGACCAGGAGCUGAAUGACUUAGAGGUCGCCAGUGUUUUAGAAGGAAAACAACAAGGAAAUGACUGUUUAUCACCAACAAAGUCAAAGAGACAUGAAACACCUUUCAGGCCUACGACUGUUAUGACAAACUUACAAAGAGGAAAUGUACAGACAACAACUCCUCUGUUUAAGAAUAUUUCUCUUCACCAAAUGGCAGCUCAAGGAGAGCUCACUCACCUUCAUCAGGAAAUUAAUGAGGGUUGUGAUGUAAAUAAAGUAGAUGCUAAUGACAUGACAGCACUGCUCUGGGCAUGUGCAAAUGGUCAGCAGCCUGCUGUUGAGUUUCUGAUAAAAUCUGGUGCUGACAUUAAUGUCUCUGGCAGCCAUGGUGAAAAUGCUCUUCUGCUCGCAAGUUGCAAUGGUUAUCUUGGUAUUGUUGAAAUUUUUCUUAAACUUGGCAUGGAUGUCAAUGUUACUGAUGAGACAGGGAAUACAGCUCUUAUGUAUGCAGCUUACAGAGGCCAUGACAGUGUUGUAAAGCUGUUGCUGGAGUAUGGAGCAGACAUAAUGGCUCAGAAUGAGGAUAACAUGAAUGUUAUGGACAUGGUCGUGGGUCAAGGAAACAAACUCAUACAACAAGUUAUUGAGCGGCAUAUGCUGUCAUUGUUUGAAUGAGACCAUGUUAACAAUGGAGUGAAAUAGAUCGAGUUUGGACCAAUCUGUGAAUGUCCAAUAUUUAUCUUAAAACCAAGAGUUUUGGACAUGUCACAUGCAGUAAAGAAGCAGGAGCUCACACGGGAGCAGGUGCUCUCCAGAAAAGAGAUCAGAUACAUGUUCUUCAGUCUGGACAAGAAAUUAGAUACAGUCAAACCUCGUUAUCUUGAAUUCAAUGGGACUGAGAAAAAACUUCCGAGAUAUCUGAGGAUUCAAGAUAUCAGGGGUAAAAUACUUAAAGAAUAAUAGGUUGGGACUUCUAAAUCACUUCGACAUAUUCAUGGUAUUCGAGAUAUCAGUGUUCGAGAUACCAAAGUUCAACUUACUUCAGUAGUAAAUCUGGAGUAAAUUACAAGUUGAUAUCCUCAAAAUUAAGACAGCCCUCCUUCACCAUACUACUUCAUGAGUCAAUCAGAUGAGUAAAUGCAGUUUGCUUCUUAUAAUUUGCAUUAUUUUGUAGAAAUAAAAAGAAACUCAUUUUGAUAAUAUUAUUCCCAUCAGAUGAUAUGCUCACAGAGUCAUAUGUCACAACUCAAAACAUACCUAGCAGUUCAUUAAUACAAAAAAAAUGUUAUAUGGAAUAAUUUAUGAAGCCUGAAUUUUUUUUUUAUUUUGGUAUUACAUGUACGUUUGUAGCUUACCGGGAUCAUAUAUGUUUUAAAAAAAAUUUGGUUGAAAUUGAUCAGUGAUUCUGAAAGUAGUUAAAGUUAACAUCAAAACACAUAUUUAUAUAUCAAACUUCGAUCAGAAAAAAAAUCUUUUCAAUUUUCGUUGUACACUGACUGUUGAUGAUUUAUUUUUAAUGUUAAGCAAAAUUUUAUAGCUUUAUCUGUUUAGUUCUGCCAAGGUGAGACAAGGUAUAAAAAAAAAUACCAGUAUUCUCCAAAACGAAGC